AUGUCAUUCCGUCCUCCCCGAAACCUGCCAGUCAUCUCAAUCUUCCACAACGCGUCUUCGCCACCGAGCAAGUCGGCAUUGUCACUCUUACGCAAGGCCGUUUCGGAGCCAUAUCCGCCGUCAAAGUCACCUCUUUCCGUCGAACUUAGCGUUGUAGAACGGUUGCCCACGUCGGACCAGUUCAGGACCAUGCAGCGCUACUAUGGCCGGCCCGUGUCGUCAUUUCUCAGUGCACACCCGGCCUCGGGAGAUGGCAAAGGAGAAGAUGAAGUGGAGCGUGUUAGAGAUGCGGCGCAGAAGAAUCCCAUGGCACUCAAGUAUCCAAUUGUCGUCGACUGGGACGCGGGCAAGAUUGCCGUGGGCGACGUGGACGAGGUCAAGCGUUUACUCGAUGCACGCGCAAAGGGACCUUCGGAAGGAGCACAAGGGAGCCAAGGCUCGGAAAGUAAAGGCUUUCUCAGCAGUCUGUUUGGAAGUUCCUCGUGA